AUGGAAUUGCUCGACAGCGACGGGGACUGCAUCCAAUUCCUCAUCGAUCCCAGGGGCAGGUUGCGGGAGUAUGUGAAUGGCAAGCUGGAACUAGACCAGGUCACCUGGCUCGAGUACAAUCAGGAGACAGCCACGGUGAGGGACGAGAAAGGCGAGUUCAAGUUGCAAGACAAAGACCAGGUGGAGAAGGCCCUGGGCUUGCACUGCCUCGCCCUGCGCUCGGGCAUCGAGUGGCGGGGCCAGUUGCCUCGACCCGCCAUGCGCCUGGAGCUCGUGGACACCGAUGGGGACCGGCUCGAGUUUGUGGUCAACGAGGACAAGCUUCAGGAGUUCAACAACGGUGAGCUUGAACUUCAGUCGAUCUCCUCCCUCUGUUUCAAGUUUGCUGAUGGCACCGUUGCAGACGAUUCAGGUGUCUUCACACUGCCUCCGCGCGAGUGCAUGCAGAAGGUGGCGGCUUUGUAUUCCCUCGCCCUACAGGCGGGCAUCCCCUGGACGGGGGACAACCCCCAGCAGAUGUCGGCCCAGCCCUUGGGCGCGGAGCCGAAGGUGCUGGAUAUCGAGAAUUGCGCGCAGGACUGGGAGGUGCUUUGCCCCAAGCUCUGGGAGAACUUGAAGCCGACCCUGGAUCCCAAGCAGCGGUUCUGUGAAACCUGCCGGGAGAUCGUCCACUUCUGCGAGUCUGCAGCGGAGCUCGAGGCCCACACAGAGCAGCGGCGCUGCGUCGCCUUCUUUGCACGGGAAGAUGCAGCCCCCGCUGCGCCGGAGGGUGCGCUGGCGCUGCGUGUGGCGUUGCUCAGCGGGGAGGAGCUGCCGGAGCUGAAGGUGGCGUUGGAGUCCACCGGCUUCGACGUGAAGAAGGCCAUCGCCACAAGUGCUGGAUACGGUCCGGAGGAGCAGCGGCUGCUCUUCAAUGGCGAGGAGGUUCCUGACAGCCAGCGCCUUCAGGAGCGUGGCAUUGUGGACAAGGCUGGGGUGAGUUUGGAUGUGGCACACGGGAUCAUCACCCCGGAGGCUUUCCUGCAGCUCCUGCGCGUGCCGAAGCCGGCGGAGGCCAUAGAGCAGCUCCUUCUGCGCUUCCUCUCGCCCUAUGUGGAUGGCAUUGCCGGCGACAAGCUGCAAUUGGGGGUCUUCAGAGGGUCACUGGAGCUGCGGGACUUGCAGGUGAAGGCAGAGGCUCCUUCCCUGCUGGGACUCGAAGGCUUUCGGGCCCGUGGCGGAGGUAUCGGCUUCAUCCAGCUGAAGAUCCCGUGGAACAAGCUGCACACUGGGAAGCUGCGGGUUGUGGCUCGAGGGCUCCACGUGGAUCUUGAGCCUCUGGCUGAGGCCUUGGCGGGUGUCGAGGAUCCGCUGCAGGCGCAGGUGGCAGAGCUGCGGCGCGCCAAGCGCCGGGCCGUGGAGUUGCGGGCGGCGCAAGUUGCGGAGCUGGGGCAGCAGGUAAGUCCAGAUGACGGCCGCAGACAGGACAGCGGCUAUCUUGUGAGGCUUUUGCGCAAGAUCCUGAACAAUAUACACAUUGACUUAUCUGACUUGCGCAUCACCUUUGCUAGCAGGUUGCAGAACUUGAGCCUGCACUUGGAACUGCCCAGCCUGGAGGUCCUGUCUACCGAUCAGACCUUCCGCGAGUCUUUGGCAGAGGUCACUGUGUCGGGGCAAUCCUUGUACAAGGUGCUACACCUCCGAGACUUGGCCGUGCUUGCAUCGGCCAGCUCGCGGGGAGGCUAUGUUCUAAGUCCGACCAGUGCGCGCUUGCAGCUGGCGCAUGUUCCGAGCGACCAGACGCUGUUCCUGCGGUUUGAAGUGGCUACACUGGAGGCGGCAGCAGUUGUGCUGACACACUCCCAGGUCAUGCACAUGCUGGCAGCACAGGCCGCAGCAGCUGCCCAGGCGGCUCGCUUGUACCGAGCAAUGGUGUCCGUGGACCAGGAGGUGUGUAUGGCCGGCUUCUUGAGAAGAUGCUGUUGA